AUGGACGUUGAAAAUCUCAUACCUUUCUCGGCCUUUUGGCUAAGAUCAAGUGUAGUAUCUGUUCUUAUCAGUUUAAUAUCUGAUACGUGGGCCAAUGGCCCACACGAUAUUAAAUUAAUUUGGCCUUCUCGCGUGUCGCCCGAGCGUUGCACUAUUGCUUGGGCCUGGCGCACCCCACCAAUACGAGUACAAUAUCCUUUGUUUUCAUCUUCGGCCCAUGACGACAACUUCCUGACGGCCCAUUGGUACAAAUACUUUUUUAGUUUUCUUAUAUAUUUUGUAAGCAUUGGAACUGUCAAACAAUAUACACUAAUGCUUAGGGAUGGUAAUGGGUCGGGUUGGGUCGGGUUUUGCCAAACCCAAACCCAUGGGUUUAUCUUUGAAAAAAACCCGGGGUAA